AUCUGUACAGUUCUGAAAAAAACGAUGAACGUUAACAACGCUUACACGAUUAUAAUUAAUUUUGUUUAAUCGUUAUACGCAUAUUUUGGCGACAAAUAAGUUCUGUGCUGUUUUAAAUUAAGUGUGUGGAAUAUUUAUUAGUCCUAAAAGUACUCAGAAUCCUAAUAGACACUGAAACCAUUGUAGACAAUAAAGGUGCACCAUGAGCCAGAAGGUGUCCACCCGUAAAGGGGGUGUAAAUGAAGACAAGGAGAAAGAAAAGAGGCAAACAGAUAGCCCUGUUAAAGAAAUGAAAAAGAAAGUGGCUGCCAAUGCCGAAAAAGAAAAACAAGCAGCUGAAAAGAGUGCUGAGAAAGUCGGCGAGAAGAAUUCCGGUGAAAAAAGUAACGACAAAACAGAGAAAAAUGUAGACAAGUCUGAUAAAAAGACUACGGAGAAAAACCAGGAAAAGAAAGCAGAAGCGCAAGAGAAGCCUAAAGAAGAUAGCAGUAAAGGGGAAAGAAAUGGAAAGGAGAAGCAGGAAGAGAAAAAAGAUACCAGAAAACAGAACGGAAAAGAUGUACACAACGGUGUCAGUGACGUCACGAAUACAAACGGCACUGACGAAGCGUUGAACGGAACGGUGAGUGAAUCGGAUGAUGACGAGAUGUUGGUCAUAGACGAUCACGACCAAGACGAACUGUUCCCUGAACUGACAUAUGACGACACGUCGGACGCUGAGUGUUUCGAACCGCCGACACCGGAGAACGCCCCAAGUCGCAGCCUGACGAGGAGAUCACAGGCAAAAGUGACCCGCACCCCCGAGACACCACGACCGUCGUCCGACCGUCAGCCGGACGCUGCAGCCGACGAUUCAAAAGAUUCAAAAGUCCUCAAAUUGAAAGACGAUGCGUUAGCAACAGAUCGCAAACUUCGUUCAGCGGAUUCGCCGAAGCCGGAUGGCAAAAAACCCCAGGAUAAAACACAGGAGAAACCUCAGGAAAGUACAAAGCAAACACAGGAAACUCCAAAGAAACAGGAUAAGCAAGAGGCUAAAAAAACACAGGAGAAUGAAUCUAAACAAGAUGGUGAUAAGGUUGAGAGAAAUGGCGAAAAGUCUGAGAAAAUGGAAGUGGAAAUCGUGGUUGAUGUUGAAGGAGCAGAAGACGCGGCAGGCACGGAGGAGCCGCGCAAGACAGAUACUAACUUCUCUAAGUCUCGCGUGAAGGUGUCCCCGUACCGCCGCAGCGGUCGCUCCAGUCGUCUCGCCGACCACACAGCUAGCUCCGUGAUGGCUAACUAUACAGGUAACAACACAACGAUGGAGAUGGAUAUAACGGAGACAUCGUCAUUUGUAUCGGAGGACCCGUCUCUGGACGAUUCAUACCUAAGCGGACUGCGCAACAUCCGAGGGCGGCGCUCCUACAAGCCGCUCAAGGAGAUGACCCUCAGAAACUUUGCGGUUAACAGAAGCGCGCGCUCCCUCGCCAGCCUCAACUCGUCGGAGCAACCGACCCGACCGACUGGUACCGUGGUCGGACGCAAGCGCAAGCCGGAGAGCGAUGAGGUAGAGCUGGGCGAGGAGGCACAGGAAGUGGGCGGGGAUGCAGAGGCGGAGGGAGUGAUCGGCAAGCGGAGACGUUUGUUGGAGCGCAUUGCACAACCCUUCCGCCGUACGCUCGCCAGUACACCGCUGCCUGCCCGCCGCGCUGCUGAAAUCGUGGGUAUAAACACAAACCUGCCGCUGUCGGCGCCUGUGUUGUCGACCGACACGUUCGACCCCGAAUCGCUUAAGGCGACCGCUAGUACGCCCCUCGCGACUCCCUUGGCGACCCCCACCGCUACUCCCGCCGCUAACAACCACGGACCGGAGAAGGACUCAAAGAGGUGUAUCAUUAUGUAAAUUAGAAUGGGGUUUCUACAUUUGUAGGCAGCCGACAGGUCAAAUACUAUUGUAAAAGAUUUUGUAAAUUUAGACAAACCACGGUAGCCGGCACUCACUGCCUUUUAAACUAGUGGAGAGAAGAUUGAUAGAAAAUCUGAUGCUAAGAUUUUUCAUUAUUUGAUAAGGUUGGAAAGAUCAUGAUGGAGAUUGGAAAGAAAGUAGGAAAUGUUGCAAUAUUAUAUAAAAUGCCGUAGCGUUUUAAUAUAUUGAUAUAAAUAAUUAAUAUGUCGUUCCACUGAUACAUGGUAUAUUAAUUAUUUACCAAAAUUAUAAAAUGUUAAUGAAACAAAAUGAUAAAUCUAUUUUUGUUUAAUAAAUCUAUUAAAAAGAAAAUUUUGCUGCGGCAUUUUAUAAUCUUGAAAUGUCUAUGUUAUACAAAUGUGAAAUUGAUAUUAUUGGAAAAUGAGACUUUAGAAAAGCCUAGAAUAAAACGGAAACUCCAUAGAACGUUAUUAAUUAAAACAAGAGAUGUAUUAUAGUAAUAAUAGGUUACAUCGUCGAAUACAAAGACAUAGAAUUUACAUGAAUAGAGUUUAUAGAAGAUAUUGAUACGUAUAUAUUUAAUAAGCAUUUACGUGUGUUUGUACAUAAUGUAUGAAUAGUACUCGAAAAUGGGUGUUUUGGACUUGCCGACCAAAAUGCACUAUUGAUUAAAUAUUUUUGAAAGGUUUGGUUGCAAAAAAAAAAAAAAAUGUUAAUUCGUAGAUAAGGUUAAAAAUAUGUAGUCACAUCACUCUUGUCUGUGCACUAAAUAUGCCAUACAAUAAAAGAACCUGGGAACUUAAGGUUUAACUUAACCUUAACCUUUGAACUUUAGAAACCUGAGUAUAAUUUUAAACAUUUAGUUCGGUAAGUCUAAACAUAUUUUAAAACGAUAUUCUAAAUUUAACAAUAGCAUAAUAAUGCCGAGUUUAAUGUGGUUAAAAAAAAAUCCUAUUAUGUAUAUCCUUUUUACAUUUAUGUGAACAAACAAGCGUGGCUCUAUUAUAUAUUGUUCAAUUUAGUAUGAGUUUACCAUUACUCGGUAAUAAGUUAUUUUAAGUAUUCGACGCAUUGUUUUAAUACUUUAACUCGUGACUUUAAAAUUGGACCUAUUUUAUACUAUUUUACUUUAUAAUUUACUGUGUGAUUUGUAUUGUUUCCACCGAUCGGUUUUGACAUAUCCUCACAGGCCUUAGAUUAUAUAGAUACGUUAUCGUGCCCCUAAAAACAGGUCAACUUUUUGUCAGCUGAUUGUCAAAUUAGCUGACUCGUUUUUUUUUAUUAGUAUUCUAUAUACUUACACAUACAAUGUAUUUUGGCGUUUUACUUAAAAAUAAAAAUAAGUGUUUACGUAUUAAAAAGAUGUAGAAAUUAUAAGACAAAAUAAAUAUAGAAGUUAUAAAGGAAUCACUCAUAACUACUUAUCACGCAAAAUUGUAUGAAAAAGUUGACCCAUUUUUUUCGAAGCAUUUCUAUGGUGACACUAUCUAUAUAAUCUCAGGCGUAUUUUUAUAAGUAAAUAAAUAUAUAUGUUGCUUAUGUUCUACAUAUUGAAUUUAGAGUAAUUUUGUUUAGUUCGUCUACUUAGUUGAGUUGUGUCAACCCAUUUCAAUGGAUGGGAGCAAACCAAGCUGUAGAUAGUGAAUUCUGUUUAUCUUUUCGAUUAUCUUCGCAUAUCCUAAAUGUUGAUUGGUAGGGAAUGCCUAUAGAAUUAAGUCCGCCUUUUGUACCACAUUUUAAGUUCAACUUUUCAACUAUAUAUUACCUGAGUUGCCUGUUGAGCCCCUCUGGGCAUACUGCAAACGGAUCUUUCUAUACAAUUAGAGCUAGCGAUCCCAUGAAAUAGAAUAAGAUGAUAAUAUCCGGUGUUUUGUGCUUUCUCGAGCGAGCACUAAUUGAAAUAAAUCUAUUUAUAGAUUCCACUUGUCUAGGACAGAGUUUUGUUUCUGGGAAACUGAUUUUUAUGUCUGGUUUUUCCAAAAAGGGCAUAUUUAAGAUUCUUCAGGAAAGCAAUGCCCACGUGGCAUUCUUGAUGUAGAAAGCGCCAUAGACUACGAUAACCUUUUGUUUGUUUGUGAAAAAAAAAAGUUUAUUUCUGAGACGGAUUAUGCGCCGAACUCCUUAUUCAUUCUAUAUUUCAUUAAUUUUCAUUCAUUAUUAUUUCUUACAUGAAAUUAAUAUUUUUGUAAUAGUAUAAAACACGUCCAUGAUGUUUAGUUUAAGUUUAUAACGUGGUUUAGUCCGUGUUUCAGUUUUUUAUCACUGUACCACUUAUUUCAAGGCUUUAAUUUUUUUUUUUCAUUUAUCAGCACCACAGUACUGAAGCAGAUGAAGUAAAAUGACGUUACUUGUAAGGUAAUAGUGUUGAAUUUUCCAUUUUAAAUGCUCUCUCAUGUUGAUAAUUAAAAAUUUUACAUACGGGUCUUACAAAGAAUAUGUUAUUAAUAAUUAUGUUGAAAUAUAGGGUUAUUAAAAAUUGAUAGAUUGAGUGAGAUUCAGUAUUCAUAUUUAUUAGGUUGUCUAAAUUGGACCACAGAGUAUUAAAGUUUUUUUUUAUAAAAAAUGUGAAUCUAUCGUAAAUGUAUAUCUAUUAAUGCAUUCAAUUAAGUAAUAAUUAGAUUUUAUUUUUUAAUCAAAAUAUGGAUAUAUUUAUGAAAAAAUUUUAUCAAUACAAUAAUUGAUUUUCAAUAAUCCUAAACAUAUUUAAUCAAUAUUUCUGUACUGUGGUAACUGUUCUAAUCAGGAUCAUGUGAAAUAUUUCUUUUCUUUUUUUGAGAAUAAAUUAAGUUAAAAGUA